AUGAGAACUUCACUAAGUUUUCCAUCCCCAUACAUCAAAUCCCAGCCCCAAGUGAAAGACAAACCUUGGGUGAGGAGAUCACUGCCUCUAAAAAAGGACCCAGAUAAGAAGAAUGCCCACAAAUAUUGUGCCUUCCAUAGGGGAUACGGACACUACACGAAUAAUUGCCUUGCCUGGAAAAAGCACCUCGAAGAACUAGUGAGAGAAGGCCACUACAUGGAAUUCAUUGUGAAGCAGGCCAUUCAGCAGAUUGAGGACCGCGAUAAUGCCAAUGAGCCACCCCAGAAGGUCAUAAGGAUUAACACGAUCCUAGCCGACUUCGAGGAGUCCUGGCUGACUAGCAAAGAAAAGAAGAGGAAGAUCAAACAGGCUACUAUGAUCUCCCAGAUCUCGAGCAACCUCCCACCAGCAGUAGACGAUCCUGUGAUCAUAUUCCAAAAGAAAGAUCUAAUCUACCUCGAUCUACCACACAACGACCCCAUUGUCAUUAGCAUCCAAAUUGCUUAG